AUGUUCGUUUUUAGAUUAUAUUUACUACUAUUAGUAUUUCUUUCUGAAGUAACUCCAAAAGAACUAUCUGAUGUCUUCACCAGUUUUAAUUCAUUGACGUUUACAGAUGCUGGAUAUGGAUAUAGAGGUCCAUCGAAUCCAACAUGGCAUGCUAAAUUAAGUUGGAAUUUAAAUGGUGCGUAUGCUCGACCUGGUGAUACUUUUGGUUUAGUUUUACCACAUGUAUUUAAGUUUGUCACUGCUCAAUCGUAUUUUACUUUAUCUGCAGGGGGUGUGACAUAUGCAAUCUGUGAUUUCCAACCAGGUGAGUUAUUCACAACAUUUUCCUCGAUCAAAUGUACUGUUAGUGAGAAAUUGAACCCAAACAUUGAAGCUUUUGGUACAAUUACUUUCCCGUUUGCUUUUGGUGUUGGUGGUUCAGGAUCAGAUACAGACUUAGUAAAUUCUAAUAGUUUCACCACUGGUGAGAAUAGAGUCACUUUCAAGCAUGGUUCGAAAGAUCUUUGUAUUGAUGUUGAUUUUCAAGGAAGUCCUGCCAAGACGACGGAUUUACUUAGUUAUGGUAGAAUUAUUCCUUCACUAAGAAAAAUAUCACAUCUAUUAACUAGUGCUGAUAGUCCAAAUGGUUAUAAAAGUGGCAAAUUAGGACUCGCGUCAUCUGACGCAGGCCUCGGCAUUGAUUGUGAUUCUGUUCAUGUUGGUAUUACCAAUAUGUUGAAUCCUUGGAAUCAACCAAUGAAUGCAGAAUCGUUUUCUUAUACUACACAAUGUUCUGAAGAAGAAAUUAUGAUAACUUUCAAUGAAGUUCCAGAAGGGUAUCGCCCAUUUUUUGAUGUUUUGUUUUCUCAUACUGCCAGUGAUAUUUUUACCAUGUUGUACACAAAUGAAUAUGUUGGGGCUGAUGGGGUUACAUAUGAUGCUUCGAUGAAAAAAGCUUGGAAAUCCUAUCAAGAUAGUCUUCCACUGGGUGAUGGCGCCAUUAUUAUUGUUACUACUAGAACCGGCACUCAGUCAACCACUGCCGUUAGUACUUUGCCAUAUGAUCCGGAAAUAGACCUUACAAAAACCAUUGAAGUACUCGUGCCUAUACCUACUACUACUACAACCACAUCUUACCUUGGUGUAUCUACAUAUUAUUCCACCAUUACGGCAACAAUUGGAGCCACAGCUACAGUAAUUGUUGAUGAACCAUAUCAUACCACAACUACUAUCACUACAUGUUGGGAUGAUAAAGGAGCGACCACAUUUACACAAAUAGCUGAAUCUCACUCCGUAGACACUAUCUAUAUCAAAACUCAACACCAAAAUCCUACAUUUACGACGACAUUAUUUGAAGAUGUGCCAAAAUUAACUACAGUGACAAGGAAACAACCAUGUGGCGGAAUUGAUACUUUGAGUAUCCUUUACCCCAAUAAUCCAUUUACCACGUAUACCACAAUCAAAGCUGAUGCCGUUGUGCCUACUACAUAUACUGAGACCGAUACUCACGGCGGUACUGACACAGUGGUCGUUGUCUACCCACCCAAUCCUACCAUCACCACUACUGGUUUUGACACUGUUGAAGAGUUGACUACCACCACCCAGACCGAUACUCACGGCGGUACUGACACUGUGGUCGUUGUCUACCCACCCAAUCCUACCAUCACCACUACUGGUUUUGACACUGUUGAAGAGUUGACUACCACCACCCAGACUGAUACUCAUGGCGGUACUGACACAGUGGUCGUUGUCUACCCACCCAAUCCUACCAUCACCACUACUGGUUUUGACACUGUUGAAGAGUUGACUACCACCACCCAGACCGAUACUCACGGUGGUACUGACACUGUGGUGAUCAUCUUCCCCCACAAUCCAUUUACCACAUAUACCACAAUCAAGGCUGAUGCCGUUGUGCCUACUACAUAUACUGAGACUGAUACUCACGGCGGUACUGACACAGUGGUCGUUGUCUACCCACCCAAUCCUACCAUCACCACUACUGGUUUUGACACUGUUGAAGAGUUGACUACCACCACCCAGACUGAUACUCACGGCGGUACUGACACAGUGGUCGUUGUCUACCCACCCAAUCCUACCAUCACCACUACUGGUUUUGACACUGUUGAAGAGUUGACUACCACCACCCAGACCGAUACUCACGGCGGUACUGACACUGUGAUCGUUGUCUACCCACCCAAUCCAUUGACUACUAGAACUGAGAUAGAUUCCAAUCUUUUUGAACCUACAACAUACACUGAAACUGAUACGCAUGGUGGAACUGAUACAGUUGUGGAAGUUUUAAUUUCGCUUUCUCAGAGUAAUGGUAUUGGUCAUGAUAUUCUGAUGAGAACGGUUACCUAUAGUACCAGUCUUCAAGGAGGUUCUUUGGUUGUUUCCGAUCAUUUGUCAAGUGAAACCACUGAAAGCGAAGUCGAUGGUUCUCAAUCAACUGAUCCUGGCGAUGAUGAAUUCAUUACAAAUGAUAUUACAGAAGCUACAUAUAGCACCAAUGUUGAUGAGGUGAAUGAGUCUUUGGUAUCAGAUUUCAGCAAUGAACUGACUGACUUUUACACUACUGCUGAAGGUAUAAUUUUCACUUCUGGGGGUAUUAUGGAAGAUGAAUUGUUCCCAAGUGAUAGCGUAAGCUCGGAAUUGUUGCCGUUAUCUAGUGGUAUCCAUAAUCUGACACAAUUGGACAGCACUUUAAUUACUGAUGAGGUAUUAACGACUUUGACGGAUGUUGAGACAUCCCUGCUUGAUUUGCUGUCUGAUUUGCUGGAUGAUAUACUAGAUAGUACUUCCGAUGACAUUGAGUACAAUAGUAAAGAAAGUGUUGUCAGCAGUUAUAGUGAGUCCACUGAGAUUAGUGUCAUCAUUCUACAUACCAGUUCUAUUGCAGCCGCGGAUCCAAUUACACUGUCUGAUAAUGUCAGUGGCUCAACAGCAAUAGAUUAUGAACUCCAGACAACCAAUAUUACUAAUAGUGAUGAUGUUUCAACUGUUGUACCUGGUAUUGAUAUUUCUGAAUCCGUUACUUCAUCAGAUGACGUUAGCGUUGAUAAUUAUGAAUCUGCUAGUUCAUCAAGUGCCCUUGAACAAAUUACACAAUCUAGUGAAUACAUUUUAACAACUAGUACAUUUAGUACGAUGACUCCUAAAUAUGAAAAUAUCACAUACCCUGGUUCUUUGGCUGCGCCUGGUCCAAUCUACAGUGAUGGGGCACUUGUCGGUGCUUCUACUGAAGUUGAUGGUUUUAUAUCUUCAAUUAGCUUUAUCAAUGAGGAGAGCUUAUCAACAUCUGGUAUUGGUACCACUGAAUCUUAUAGUUUUGAUUCACUGACAUUUAGCUAUCAUCCUACAUCCGUUGCCAUUACUAUUCCGGCAGAUGAAACAGUUACUGUCAUUGAGUGUUCUUCUGAUUGCACAUUAUCAAUUUCUGGAGGGUCUAUAAAUGAAGAUGGUAAUGAAACUGAUGUAAUCGUUGUAUGUACUACAUGUGGUUCUUCAUAUUUAACUGAUGAAAUCAUAGAAAUGGUUACAGAAUGUACCUCAAGUUGUUCAUUGACUAGUUCUAGUCAAAGUAUUGUCAGUAAGAUGGGAGUUAUCCAGAGUUCAUUGAGUGAUUGUGGUGCAAUUUCAUGUGGAAAAAACCACGAUGUUGGAUUAAGUCACACUACUAGAGUCAAUGGAAUAGCAACUGAUAAACCGGAAGUCGAAGACAAUGAUGGACAUACUACACUUAUUCAUUCCAAUCCUGAAAUCAAUGAUCAACAUGAUGAAAUUGAAAAAGGUAAUGAUGUCAAUCAAAAUCAUAAUAUCGGUCAAGAUGAUGGGCUUAACCAAAGUGAAGAAGUUGAUCAUGUAGAUUAUGUUUCAGUUACUGUGAAACCAUAUAGUGACUCAACACUUUCUACAGCCAUAUUAGAUUAUGGGCAGAAAUAUUCAAUUUUGAGCAAAGGAUCAUUUGAAUCGAAUUCAUUGUCUCACACAACUGGGCCUACUAAUAUUUCCAAUUAUGAAGGUUCUGCUUCGUAUUUUAAAAUGUCGUGCCUUUUGGUGUAUAUUUAUUCUUUCUUAAGUAUUCUUAUUUAG